AUGCGUUUUGAGCGAAGUGGAAAGUUGUCUCCUGGGUUCAUUGGGCCAUUCGAGAUCUUGGAUUGCGUUGGUGAGGUUGCGUAUCGCUUGGCGUUACCCCCACAUUUAGAUAAGGUUCACAAUGUAUUCCAUGUUUCUAUGAGGAAGUAUGAGCUAGAUACGUCACACACGUUGAGAUGGGCCGACAUUGAGGUUGAUGAGAAUGCAACUUACGAGGAGGGGCCAGUACAGAUUCUCGACACUAGGGAGCAAGUGUUGAGAAACAAAACCAUUCCAUUGGUCAAGGUUUUAUGGAGGCAUCACAGAGUUGAGGAGGCUACCUGA